AUGGAGAGCCGCUAUGGUCUAAGCAGCGGCAGCAGCAGCAGCGGCUCAGGGAGUAGUACCAGACCACUGUGCUGUGCAGGAACAGGCACGACAUAGCUGAAAACCGCUAGCGGAACAAAUGAAAACGAAAACUCUUCUUUCAUGUGGAUUAAUCCGGGGGCGAGACAGUCACUCGAAGCGAGAAGAUAUUUAAGCGAAACUGGGACGAUUGAUGAGGACUGGGACAUUGGCUACUGUACGAUAACACCGCCGUUGCCCCGCCGCUAAGGUUACAGGCUAAAUGAAACAGCCCAUAAUGUGCAGCAACUGCACCACAGUCACACCCACUUCCAGUCUGUAGAGGAAGCGGCUGUGCCAGCAUGUCCUCUCAUCCCCAGUCCGUGCCGCCGGGCCGGAGGACUGUGGACACACGGCACCUGCCAAACCCUGCCACUCUACCACUGCAGCUGCAACGGGCGCACACGGAAGUGGGACUGGUUGACUACCACUCUCAUCAUGCCAGGGACUUUAGCUCCCACCUGGCCCAGCCCCAUCGCCGUCGACCCUCUUUACUUUCAGAGUUCCAGCCUGGGAAUGAAAGGGGACAAGAGCAGCAUAUCCGCUAUGAGCACAUCUACCUACCAGAGCCUGCCAGCCAAUCAGAGGUGGAGUAUGCUGAGAUCAAACGGCCUCGUUUAGAGAUGGGACCAGAGUCUCUGAUGAGGCCUUCACCCCACCGGCCACAAUUACCUCUGGGAGGAGCUGAUGAUAUGACAAAGGAGCGUGGAAGUGCCAUGGGAAAGCUGGAGCCCAUCUCUCCUGUGAGUCCGGUCCAUAUGGACCCCGACUUGGAUUUGGUGCCAGCUCGCUUCUCCAAGGAAGAGCUGAUCCAGAACAUGGACCGUGUGGACAGAGAGAUCACCAUGGUGGAGCAGCAAAUUUGCAAGCUUCGCAAAAAACAGCAACAGCUGGAGGAGGAGGCUGCAAAGCCCCAUGAGCCAGAGCAGCCCAUCUCACCACCACCCAGUGAAGCCAAGCACCGCAGCCUGGUACAGAUCAUCUACGAUGAGAACAGGAAAAAGGCAGAAGAGGCUCACAGGAUACUGGAGGGACUGGGACCCAGAGUAGAACUGCCUCUGUACAACCAGCCCUCUGAUACCAAACAGUACCAUGAGAACAUCAAAAUAAACCAGGCGAUGAGGAAGAAGCUCAUCUUGUACUUCAAGAGGAGAAAUCAUGCUCGUAAGCAGUGGGAACAGAAGUUUUGCCAGCGCUAUGACCAGCUAAUGGAAGCCUGGGAGAAGAAGGUGGAGCGCAUUGAAAACAACCCGCGGCGCAGAGCCAAGGAGAGCAAGGUGCGGGAGUACUACGAGAAACAGUUCCCGGAGAUCCGCAAGCAAAGAGAGCUGCAGGAGCGAAUGCAGAGCCGUGUUGGGCAGCGAGGAGGUGGGCUGACCUCAUCUGCAGCUCGCAGUGAACAUGAAGUCUCAGAAAUCAUUGAUGGAAUAUCAGAGCAUGAGAACACAGAGAAGCAAAUGCGACAGCUGGCGGUCAUCCCACCUAUGCUGUUUGAUGCUGAGCAGCAACGCAUCAAGUUUAUCAACAUGAAUGGAUUGAUGGAUGACCCCAUGAAGGUGUACAAGGACCGACAGGUUAUGAAUAUGUGGAGCGAGCAGGAGAAGGACACUUUUAGAGAGAAGUUCAUUCAGCACCCCAAAAACUUUGGUCUGAUCGCAUCUUUUCUGGAGCGAAAGACGGUGGCGGAGUGUGUGCUCUUUUACUACCUGACCAAAAAGAAUGAAAACUAUAAGAACAUAGUGCGAAGGAACUACCGGCGCCGAGGAAGAAGCCAGCACGGCCAGCAGCAGCAACAGCAGCAACAGGUGAACCGCAGCAGCCAGGAAGACAAAGAGAAGGAGGAGAAAGAGAAGGAAGGAGAGCGGGAUGAAGAGAAAAAUGAAGCUGAAGACAAGGAAGAUGGAAUGAAGGACGACACCUCUGGAGAAGAUGCAGAGGACAAAGAGCCUGCUGUUGCUUUCAAGGGUCGACGCACAGCCAAUAGCCAGGGACGCCGCAAAGGCCGUAUCACCCGCUCUAUGACAAGUGAAGUGGAGGAGACCACCACACCGCCACUCAACAGUGAACUCGCCAAUCUGGAGAUGAAUGAGAGCUCUCGCUGGACUGAAGAAGAGAUGGAAACAGCCAAAAAAGGCCUUCUCCAGUAUGGUAGGAAUUGGUCCGCCAUCGCCAAGAUGGUGGGAUCAAAAACCGUGUCACAGUGCAAGAACUUCUAUUUCAACUACAAAAAGAGGCAGAAACUGGAUGAGAUUCUGCAGCAGCAUAAAAUGAAAUCGGAGAAGGAGCGAAAAGCCCGUCGCAGGGGCAAAGCCCUGCAGAAUGAGGAGGCCAGUGCCCCGUAUGCAGCAGAGGAGGAGGAGAUGGAAGGAUCAGGAGCCAGCUGCAAUGAAGAGGAAGCCCCUGAUGAUGGAGAAGGUGGAGCCAACAACAGCUCUGACACAGAGAGCUUGCCCUCGCCUCACUCAUCCGAGGACAGCAAGGCUAAAGAGGAAGGCUCAAGCAGGUCCAAGGGCAGCUCCAACAGCGAGGACAAGGAGGAGGCCCAGUCAGACAUGGGCCAGGCAGGGGAUGAGAAACCUCAAGUCAAGGAGGAUGCAGACUCAGCCAUCAAGCAGGAGAUAAAGACUGAAACAGGAGAGCCCAACAAAGAGCAGCUGCAGCCAACGCCACCCAGUGAUGCCACAGAUAAAAAACCUCCUAUAGCAGAGGGAGAGGAAGUCAAAAGUUCCAAAAGCUCCAAAAAGGAUCAUGCAUCCAAAACAGGCUCGCAUGGAGACAGUGACUCUAGUGCCACUUGCAGCGCCGAUGAGGUGGAGGAGACAGACAACACAGACAAGAACAGAAUGACUUCUCCACGGCCGAGCCUGCUGAACUACACUCACGAUGGGGUCAUAUCAUCCCCGCUACAGAAGCCCAUGGAUCUAAAGCAGCUCAAACAGCGGGCUGCUGCUAUACCACCUAUUAUGCCAGAGGCCUCUGUGCAGGGCAGCCAGCGGAGUGGGGGUGGGAAGGCAGUGCUGCCCCCCCAUGCCCUGGCACUCUACCAGCAGCAGAUCACCAUGGCUCAUGGGGAGUCCUCUCAGGAGGUCAAACAGCAGCAGCAACUUUCAGGCCAGCCAGGCAAACAGCAGCCUUAUACCCCACAGUCGGACAGAGACAGGGAGGCUCUUCACAGCAGCAGCCCCCGUGUUCGCCCGCGCAGCCCCUCCACCAGUGAAAAAGAUGAACUGGAAGGCAACGAGAGGUGGUUACUGACCCUCCUGCAGGGAUUAAAAAAGUCCCAAGCAUUCUCUCCACAUGGGGAAGCCAAGAAGCAGGCACUGGGGCCUGAUGACCUGAGGACUUCCAACUUGGGUCGCCCAGUUCUCUCCCCCUUCCCCAUGUCCCCACGAGACAUGGCCAAGAUCAGUCAAGACCAACACAUGCUCCACUUCAAUUCGUUCCAGCAAGCAUGCCACCCCUCACUAUCCAGCCUGCCUCAGGACAGUAGCAGACUAGCAGCAGUGAGACCCCUCUCAAUGCCAGAGCCUCCACCUCUCAUUUCCUCCAAUAAGCCAGGAGGCUCUAUCACACAGGGCACCCCAGUGCAGCUGCACAGUCCUGCUCACGGGUUGGACCAUGGGAAGAUGCCCCCCACACAGAUGGGGUUGCCUUGGAUGGAUCAAAGGAAAGUUGGUACUUUCCCAGUAGUAAAGCAGGAGCAGUUGUCCCCUCACAGCUCAUCCUCCCAAGCUGAUAACCUGUCAACCCAGGGAGCGCCUCAUGAUAGUGCUACUGGACGUGGUGGCCGUACAGGGGGCAGUAUCACUAAGGGCAUCCCAGGGACCAGAAUGCAUCCAGAUUCUUCAAUUUCCUACCGAGGGGGCUCCAUUACUCAGGGGACGCCUGCAGAUGUGCUCUAUAAGGGAACCAUAGCACGUCUGAUCACAGAGGAGAGCGCCAGCCGAGCUGAGAGAGAGCGGGAUGAGGCCCUGUCUAAAGGGAACGUGCUUUUUGAGGGCAUCAGUGGGCACAUCCUCACAUACGACCGCCCACCAUCUCAGACCCCCAAAGAUGAGGGCCGAGGCCCAGGGCAGUCUGGGGACAUUCUGGGUUUGAAGCGUUCUUUUGAUGUCAUGGAAGGAGGCAUCUCUAGAGGACUGCCAAUGAGGGAUUCGCUGUCUGCAGCCAACUGUGAAGGUCUGAUUGUUCGAGCCAUGCCUCAUGAUAGGGAUAGUCCGCACCACACUUCCUACAAGGAUGCUCAUCACAUUCGUGGUUCCAUCUCACAAGGUAUACCUCGUCAUCUUGACCCUCAGGAUGGCUACCUGAGAAGGGAAGCAAAGCAGAUGAAAAGAGAGGGCUCACCAACCCGAGGGUCCGGCUCACUGUCUGACCCGAUGAAGGGCAGAGAGGCCAUCGUGCCCACGGUUAAGGAGGCUGGGCGCUCUAUCCACCUCAUUCCCAGAGAAGAGCUUAGACAGCCUGCCAAGGAGGGCAUCAUAGCACAGGGAACACCUAUGAAACAAGAGGCGCCUGGUUCAGGGAAACGUCAUGAUGUCCGCUCCAUCAUAGCCAGUUCACCACGUUCCUACCACAAUGCACCCUCCCAUCUGGAGAUGCGUGCUGAGAGGGGUCGAUAUGAGGAGGCACCUAAAGGACGGCCCAGUGCAGUGGUCAGUACGGCUAGCUCUAUAGCCCGCUCUUCUCCCCUUACACUGGGUUCAGAGCAAGGAGGAAAAGCCCAUCAUAGCCCUGUGGGCUACGAUGAUAAAGGCACCUUAAGGACCCCUUACCCUGGACCUUCGCACCGUGGCUCCCCACUGUCCAGGGAGGCAAGCCAAAGGCAGCAUGAGGGUUCCAGUAAAAAUCCGACUCAGGAGCGUAAAGCCACACCUACCCCCAGGGAGAUGAGUGCCACCAAAUCCCCACUCACUGGUGUUGCGGAUCCGUCCUAUGAGCGUCUGCUGCAGGGUCUUGGAGCUACAGACGUGUAUCGACAGAUCCCCUUAGCCUUUGAUCCUGCAGCGCUGCCCCGUGGCAUCCCCAUCGAACCAGCGUACUACUUGCCUCGCCACCUAGCCCCCAACCCGGCCUAUCCUCAUCCCUACCCCUACCUCAUCCGUGGCUUUCCCGACACCGCGGCCCUGGAGAACCGCCAGACGCUGUUCAAUGACUACAUCACCUCACAGCAAAUGCACCAGUGGCCUGCAGCUGCUGCCAUGGCUGCCCAGCGCUCCGACCUUCUAAGGAGCCUUCCUUCACGAGACCAGCCUCUUUCUCUGCCCUACUCUGCGCCCCCACGUGGGACAGCUGGCUCCCCAAUGGAUCGCAUCACUUACAUCCCUGGGACAAGCACCACCUUCCCUGGCAGGCCUUACACCACCUCCCCCAUCUCACCUGUUGGCUCUUCACACAUGAACAAAAUGCAAGGCACAUCCUCCUCUUCAGAGCGCGAGCGUGAACGAGACCGCGAACGGGACAGGGAGAGGGAACGAGACAGGGAGCGAGACAGGGAGCGGGAGAGAGAGAGGGAGCGUGAACGGGACCGGGAGAGAGAUCGAGAACGGGAACGAGAGAGAGACCGUGAAAGGGAAAGGGACCGGGACAGAGAGAGAGACCGAGAGCGUGACAGAGAGAAAGGCGGGUCUCUUGGAAAUGUGGAGCACGCCCCCAUAUGGCGACCAGGUACAGAGCACAGCUUGGCAAGUAGCAGCAGCAGCAGUGUGAGACCUUCUUCCCAGCCAUACAGCCACCAGCACUCCCCAGUGUCACCUCGUACCCAGGAGAACGUGCAGCAGAGGCCAAGCGUCCUGCACAACACUGGGGGCAAAAGUAUUUCUGUCAACGAACACUCCAGCUCAUCUGUGUUACGGUCCAUGCCCUCAGGCUCAUCCCGCUACCAAGGUUACCCCAGCCACCUCCAAAGGACGGGUGUGCCCCCUGAGGCCUACCCACCUGCCAUGGACUCAAGUGUAGCCAAAGAGCAGGGACGCGAAGGUGGCAAAAGCAGGGGAAGUCUACCUAAGCACGUGCAGGACCAGCAUGGGCCCUCCAGUAAAUCUGACCCCAAGCUGUCCAGCCCCAGCCCAGGAGGAAUAUACCCAGGUUCUUAUCCCUCGGCUUCAGGCCGUCCCCAGCACCUGCUACCUCCCCAGCCGGAUAACCCUCCUGGCCGUGGAGAAAGCGGUACAGCUAGUAGGGAAAAGACUCAAAACAAACCGAUGUCCAUUCAGGAACAAGAGCUCCGAGCACUCGGUAAGACCACCAUGACUGCGGCCAACUUCAUAAACGCGAUUAUUAUGCGUCAAAUUUCUUGUGAAACGGGGAUGCCAGAGACGGGCUCGCUUGUUGCCAGCAGCGCCACUGAUGUUCAGCCACAUGGUCUCUACCGCCCUCCAUCUGAGGAGAGACUGUCUCCAGGCCAGCAGCCCCCAUCUCCCUGUGUUAAAGGCAGCCAGAGGGUGGUCACCCUGGCUCAGCACAUCAGCGAGGUGAUAACAAAAGACUACACCAGGCAGAGCCAGCAGCAGCAGCAGCAGCAAAGCUACCACGGCUCUCCUGUCCUGGACCUGACCCGUCCACCCAGUGCCUCCCAGCCCCCGCCCAGUUCACAGGAUUCUGCCCAAGGGUCCCGAUAUCAAGAGGGCCUCGGUGGAGAACGCAACAGAGACCGGUCUCCCCCUCAGCCCAAGACAUCACCCGUCAGUGUUUCAAAUGACGGCAUUGAGCCCGUGUCUCCUGCUGGAGCCGGCUCUGAGCCUGAAGGCCUGGGAGGAGCCUCCUACCCCAGUGAUCAGGGAGAGCAAGGAAUGGGCUCCCGUUCUCCUCCCAACACCUCUCAGCCUCCAGCUUUCUUCAGCAAGCUGACUGAGAACACCUCAGCUAUCGUGAAGUCAAAGAAACAGGAGAUGAUCAAGAAGAUGACUGUGGUGGGAAAUGACAGUGAUUUUAAUUCUGGUCAGCCAGGAACAGAAAUCUUCAACAUGCCAGCAUCAACAACUGCAGGACCUGUGAGCGUCCGCAGCCACCCGGUUCAAGAGGCACCUGGUAAUUCAAUAGGCCUGGAGGCCAUCAUAAGAAAGGCCUUAAUGGGAAACUACAAUGAUCAGCCAGAGGAACGCUCUCCAUCCAACGCUGCUAACCAGAUGGGUUCCGGUGUGACUGCCGAUGGACGGGUUGAGGACUCUUUCUCACAAGGUGGAACAAAGUCCUCAAAGAGCAGUGGACGCUCUAAUGGGCGCAAGGCCAAGUCCCCAGGACCAGGUCUGUCAGGGGGGGAGAGACCAUCCUCUGUGUCCUCAGUCCACUCAGAGGGAGACUGUAACAGACGAACUCCCCUCACCAACCGUGUCUGGGAGGACAGGCCCUCAUCUGCAGGUUCAACACCAACUCCCUUUCCAUGCAACCCGCUGAUCAUGCGUUUCCCCAGCGGGACAAUGUCUGCUCAUUCCCCCUCCUCUGGCCAACAGGGGGGCCAGGGCCCAGGGUCAGGACCUGGACAGGGUCGCUCCUGGGAGGAGGAGCCCAAGCCUCUGCUCAUGUCUCAGUACGAGACCCUGUCUGACAGCGAAUGACCGGAAAUGCCACUGUACGACAGGACCCGCUAACAGUCAACCACCUCUGUGCUGCUGCAGCCACACACUCACACAUACACACAAAUACACAAACAUAACUACUCACACACACACACACACACCUGUCCAGGCAUCUGCAGACAUACCCACACCAUUCCAACCUGCAUUUCCUCCAUUAGUCAUCAGUCAAGGAUCGUGCCCUCCUUUCUCGCAGCGAUGAAGUGGAACACUGCUGCUGCUCCCUGUGUGUUUGUGUGUUUGCGCUUACAUGUUAUGCAUUCACUCCAGGACUAUUCUAAAGGACAAAUCACUUUUUUUUAAAGUUUAAUACUUUUCCUCACUGGCCUUAUCAAUAUAGACACAUUGGCCUGCUUGGUCUAAUGUGCUCACACUUGUGUGGAAGGGACUCUGAGGUGGAGCUGUUGGUCCGGUCAGGAGCCUGAUGACGGCUGCUCUAGUGACAGAUAAUUUGACUUGAGAGCAGCGGCCCACACAGCGAGGACCCUCGCAUGUUUCUUCACGGUGAACUCCAGGUGCAGGCGGCCUGUGCACUGCUACCGCUACGAGAAUACGUGUGACGGCACAGGAGGAGAAUCAGCGUCUCGUUUUUUUUUUUCUUGUUUUGGUUCUUUCUUUUUUCCUUAAAGUUCUGUCAGUCCAGUCCUGUGUUUGGUGAGCUGAGACCUUUAGUACAUUUUGAUGGUGAACUUUUGAUGGUGUCAUUUGUUGUCUCUCUUAUCUGCAAUGAUGUAUAUUUUCGGGGCCGGGGUUGGGGGGGCAGAGAUUGUUAUGCGGGAGGGUCAUAUCAUUGGUUUACAGGGUAAACAUGCUGUUCAUUGCUGAUGUCAUCAUAUAUUAUGGAGGGCCCUGGAGAAAGACAAAGCCCUGCUGACUUCAGGAAUCCAUGUGGGGAGAGAUGAUUUGCCAGAUGGAUGGCACUGAGACAAGUGACACUUUCUCACUGUUUUUAUAUUAACCAUGUCUGUGUUUGUUGAAACCGUUUUUGGAUAUUAAGCACUUAGUUGUCAAUCUGUUCACAAUGGCAUUUUUAAGAAUCUGUGUUUCCUGGGGCAGGUGAAAAAUGGUUUCAAGAACAGCGUAGAAACCCCACUGUGGAGGUAUCCUUUAACACCUGUCUGUUUAUUUUGGUCUUGCCACCUCCAUUCUUUAGCGCUCCCACACUCAAAGCGACAAUCACAUUUUAGUGAACGAUGACUAAGCCGCUUCGAGCAGGUGGCAGACCGACCUUAAAGCUGCUUAAAGGCAAAUUCCACAGCAUCACCCGGAGUUUCCUUGCAUUAAAGAGGUGAAAAAAACAAAGCCAUCUUUCUAUGACCCUUGGUCCACAGCAGCGUUGGCUUCAGCCGGCCUGCCAGAAUCCCGUCUAGGAGCUGUUGUGACGGUCUGACCUCUGACCUUUUACUGCCCAGCAGAGGCACUGAGACUCUUCAUCCAGGCAGAUUUUGUACAGUUAUGAGAUAUUCCUAGUGUUAAGUGCCAUUUAUUUUACAUAUACAAUACUGAAGUUACCAAGUGACGCACAAUUUUUCUUUUAGCCCCCCAUGCCAGGGUUCAUAUGGUCCACGCAGGGAAAUCAAAACAAAAAGCAAAUGAAACAUCCUGUUUUUUUUUUGUGAGUGUUUGUCUGAGUGCUUUUUUUUCCCCAAAUCCGUCACUGCCUUAGCUUUUAACUGCUUCACUCGUUAAACUCAUCCUCUAAGCAAGACAAGACGGCGUCACAGGACAGCUUACCUGGACAUGCAGCAGAUGUUUUCUUCACUACGAGAUCUAUGAUACUACUUCAAGUGUACUUCAUUGCAGCCUCUGUUAGCAUGAGUUAGAGAAAGUUAAGGGCAACGCACUUGAAAGAAUUCUGGCAGUUUUAUGUACCAUCACUCUACAUAUUCUCACAUUGCAGUAUUUUAAAGGUCACGCUAUUGGUUUCUACCCCCCCCCCCGACUGUGAGCUUGUUUUGUGGUUUAGCGAAGACUCUCCUCUGUUUGUAGUUGAUUUUGUCACCGUGGAUCCUCACAACACAAACAUGACUGUUAUAGGACUACCUCCUCUCCCUGAAACAUCCUACCUGUCGAUGGUGAUGCAUCUAGCAUGCCUUACCUGCGGAAAGCUCAUCUCAGCCAUGUUUUAGUUCGGAUUUUUUUUUUUUGUUUUCUAUCAACACUGAUGGAGAGUUUGUAAUUUCAGGCACGGCAAAAAUAUCGCCAGGCUUUGUACAUUGGUCUCUCUGCGUGUAUAUCAUUUAUCCACUGAUAAAGUUCAAGAAUGUGACGCUAAACAGACUAAGCCAUAUCCAGCUGUCCCCUAAACCGAUGACUAAUAUGUUGUUUUAAGAAGUAUACUGAAAUGAAUUUUAACAAGCAUCCUUUUUGUUGUUGUUUGUCCGGUGCACACACGUGUCAUUCUAAAUCAAAUGAAUCACUCAAACCUAACAGGACAAAGUUGAUUGCUGAUGUGUUCCCUGGACUGUCCAACGGUGGGUGGGGGGAGAUUGACAAACAAUACAUUGUUCAACCAUUUUGUGCAUAAUUUUUUUUUUUAUUAUAACCCACUGUAUAAUAGCAAGGAUUGUAUAUACAACUGAAGAGAUGUAAAUAUUUAUGUGGCUUGCUUUAAGGUUGGUAUUACAAAAAAAGGAAAAAAAAAAAAAGAAAUAUUCACAUGGUUAAAUUCUACAUGCCCACCAGCAAGCUUUGUGGAUAGCAGUGUAAAAAUGAAAAACAAAAAAAGACACUGCCUUAAUGUUUAAAUAAAAAGCUUAUUGCCAUU